GAUUUGAAUAAAUUAAUGCAGAACUCUGGCGAUGAGGGUGUCAUAGUGGUAGCACUUGGGUCAUUUAUAACGUUUCUUCCAAGCAAAACACUUGACACAAUACUCACGACACUUGCCAGAUUUCCCCACGAAAUAAUAUUCAGUUACAGUGGAUCAACCCCUAGACAUAUUGGUGAUAACAUAAACAUUUUCCAAUGGUUCAACCAGAAUGAUGUUUUAGGUGAGCUAUCUCAUCCGAAAACACGAUUAUUCAUAACUCAUGGCGGAUUAAGCAGUUAUCGUGAAGCUAUGUAUCAUGGUGUUCCAAUGGUAUGCAUGCCACUAAUGAUAGAUCAAUUUGACACUGCUGCAAAAAUUGUAUCUAACGGGGUUGGCACAUACGUCAAAAUGAAGUCACUGAAUAAUGAGAACUUGUACGAAGCCAUGGUGGAGGUGUUAUCGAAUAAGAAGUACAGUGACAGAGCUAAUCAGUUGUCAGCCGCUGUAAAAGAUGUUCGGAUGAAUGCAACAGAAACCGCCGUUUUCUGGAUUGAACACGUGACAAAAUAUGGUGUCAGUCAUUUGACUGUUCAUAGAAAGCAUCUUUCUGUUAUAGAGUAUUACUUGCUUGAUGUGAUUGCAGUGAUAGUUACAAUCAUGUGUAUUGCAGGCUGGUCAUUACGCUG